GAGAUUUCUCUCAAAAUUUGUGGGAUUUCCAGUAAAUUAUUUGCUCAUGCUUUUCUAAUUUUGAUUUCAAUUUCUGUUUGAUCUUUUUCUUGUUAAAUUUGAUACUUAAUAUUAAACAUGUCCUACUGUAAACAAAUAGGUAAAGAUCGUAUUAUUAUUUCUACUCCCGAAGAAUUAUCUCAAAAAAGCAAUAUAAAACUUCCUGAACCAAAACCUGAAGAUCGUGAGCCUGGCUUAAUCCUACCAAAUGGUGAAAUUAACUGGAACUGCCCUUGUAUCGGAGGAAUGGCGUCUGGUCCAUGUGCAUGGCAAUUUCGUGAAGCCUUUUCCUGUUUUCGGCAAAGUGAAUCAGAGAAUCGAGGAAUGGAAUGUGUAGAGAAAUUCGCAGUUUUACAAGAUUGUAUGUCUAAUUAUCCAAAUUUAUAUCCCAAAAGAGAUGAUGAUAGUGAAGAAGAUCUCAAUGCUGCUAUCGGUGUGAACAAAAAUGAUCUAGAAAAUGGAAGUUGAGCCAUUUCUUUCAAGUUAGACUUAAUUUUCGUAGUUUUGAUAUAGAAUUGUAUUUAUCAUAGACUGAUUGCUUAUGCGAUAAAAUUUAAAAUUGAACCAAAA